AUGCUUCCUCACGAUGUUCCCGGUGCUGAUGAGGGCCAGCAAGCUUGUCAAGGUAACAGCCAUCAUGCAAACGUCUCCUCAACUCAAGAGGGCUUUUCGCCAGCGAUCUCGCCCAGAGCUCAUUCGUUUGACGAGAUCGUUCCGCAUCGACAUUACCCGCCCUUGCCAUCGUCAACCGUCGACUUGCAACGUCGAAGUCAUUCCUCGCCAACUUGGUCAUCAGCUCGUGUCGCUUCACCAUCAUCGAACAAGCCUCAGGUCAUAUUGGAUAUGAGCCUGAUUCAGGCGAGGGCCGAGAUGCUCGAAAUGCAGACAAGGCGCGACCUGGAUGAGGCCCAUAGGACGACAGAGCGCCACUUUGAGGAGAUGCUUGAUAGCAAGGGCUUUCGCGUGACGCAUGCGUGCGAGCAUUGUCGACAACGCAAGGCAAAGUGCUCGGGACAGCAACCUUGCCAGCGAUGCGCCCAACAAGGCAUUCUGUGCGUCUACUCCAGACACGAACGGAGGGGAAAGCUCGUUGAGCCGAUGCGCAACUUCAUCGAUGUACCAUCCCAAUCUUCAAGACAUACGCUGAUGAGCCCAAUGAUAGCUGUACCAUCGUUUGCAGCAGGUAUGCUGGGAGGUGGACCGAUGCGAAUGGAAAGGAGUCGCGAGGUAAGGUAUUCCAACAUGUCUGUGCCAUACGGACUGCGACGAAACACUGCGCCGUCCGUACCAUUGCAACACGUGCCGAUGACAAGGGAUGGUGCUACGUCAUCAACACCUCUACCACUACCGCCACUGCCCCCACAGCAGCAGCAUCAGCAUCAGCAUCAGCAGUCCGCCGAGACAAGCUCGUGGCCCUUGCUCCCUCCGACCACACGUGAGCUCAGGGGGUCGAACCAGUACAUUCCCGGGCAGCAAAGCAUGCCGCCGCAGUUGCCUAGACCCACACCGCUGCGAUACAGUAGCACUGCUGCCGUUCAAGGACGUUCAGAAGCUCAAGCCCUUGAUGUGUCGCGAGAACAGCAGCCAAACGUCGCUGCGCGUCCUUGGACCUCGGCAACAGUCUUGUAUUCGAGUGACGGCCACCUGAUAACUCACAGCACGCAUUCCCCACCACAAGCUCAGCUUCCAUCACGCUUCGACUUGGUAACACUCAGAUCGCCAAUGCAGCUUCCAAGCGGCUUUCCACGACCGACAGUUCCACCGUCAUCGUCUCCACAUCCUAGCGGUUCAACUGAAGGCAUGGUCGCUCCCGAGAACUCAUCCCUGCUGCUUACUGCUCCUCCUUCUCCGGUUUACGCAUCAGCUUAUCAACACACGAAUCUUAAACAUCCAGCACAAGGCUCGUCGCUUCAUCCAGCACCGAUCGAUACCGCCAGCAAUCCGCAUGGAGAAUGGUCGACAGACACAGGACUAUCUCAAGAAGUUCGGAGAGGAAGCUUGUCGACCGAAGGAGAACGAUCUCACGGUAGCGACCUGGUGAAAACACGCACUAGAAUCGCACCUUUCAUGGAUCCAGGGCUAGAGCCGUCUGUUACACGGAAAGAUGACAGCUACCCCGCUGAUCAAUCGCCCAAGUCGCACAACGCACAGAACCUGAAUGAAGAUGCGAACGAGUCUUAG